CCGUAGCUCUACUUCCGGGCCGGCCGCUCGCUCCUUUUUCCGGUCUCUAUGUUACCAUGCGCUGGGCUCUGCAGUCCUAUUCCACUCUAUGGUGCCUCUUUCCGGUCUCGGCUUUCUAGGCCUCCUUCAGCUCUGUGGUGACGGUGGCCGAGGUGUCAAGCGGAUCUGAAGAGUGGCGGGAUUCCCUUUUCUUCCUUCGUGGUUUCCUGGCUGGGAAGAGCUCUCAGGCCCCUGACCUACCGCAAAGGCGUUUCCUGAUCCUCGGGUGCAGUGUCGGCCCCAACAUCAAGAGCUUACCCUCGGGGCCGAAUGAGCAGUGGACCAUGCCCCUCCUAACCCAACAGAUCCAAGAUGAGAAUGAGAACAGCUUAGUGGCCAGCCUUGACAACGUCAGGAAUCUCUCUACUAUCUUGAAAGCUAUUCAUUUCAAAGACUUUGCCACAUGUUUCGCUACUAAAAAUGGAAUCAAGGUUACAGUGGAAAAUGCAAAGUGUGUGCAAGCAAAUGCUUUUAUUCAGGCUGAAAUAUUUCAAGAGUUUGUUGUUCAGGAAGAGUCUAUUACUUUUCGAAUUAAUUUAACAGUCCUUUUGGACUGCUUAUCUAUUUUUGGAUCAAGUCCUAUGCCAGGGACUUUAACUGCACUUCGAAUGUGUUACCAAGGCUAUGGUCACCCUUUGAUGUUAUUUCUGGAAGAGGGAGGAGUGGUAACGGUCUGCAAAAUCAAUACUCAGGAGCCCGAGGAGACUCUUGAUUUUGAUUUCUGUAGCACCAAUGUUAUUAAUAAAAUUAUUCUGCAGUCAGAAGGGCUCCGUGAAGCAUUUUCUGAAUUGGAUAUGACAAGUGAGGUCCUCCAAAUCACCAUGUCUCCUGAUAAGCCAUAUUUCAGGUUAUCUACUUUUGGAAAUGCAGGAAGCUCCCACCUUGAUUAUCCCAAAGAUUCUGAUUUGAUGGAAGCAUUUCAUUGUAAUCAGACCCAGGUUAACAGAUACAAGAUUUCUUUACUGAAACCCUCUACCAAGGCAUUAGUUUUAUCUUGUAAGGUAUCUAUUCGGACAGAUAACCGGGGAUUCCUCUCAUUACAGUACAUGAUUAGAAAUGAAGAUGGACAAAUAUGUUUUGUAGAAUAUUACUGUUGCCCUGAUGAAGAAGUUCCUGAAUCUUGAAUAUAAAAAUUCAGUAGGUUUAUGUGUAUAUUUAAGAAAGAUUAUGUUCUCAUUUUGAGUACAAUACUCAUGAUUUCUUGUUGGAUUUUCUAUAGGUCUCUGUAGGCUAACAGUUGUUAUGUAUUUCAUAAAUAAAUGUUUUCAUGUAGACAUAGACUAUCCAGCUUUUUGGACUAUCCUGUGGUUCUAUCUUUUGAACUCAUGGGAAUAAUUGUGAGUCAAGGUGAAUAAGUUAUGAUCUGUUCUGUUUAAGUAGAAUGCUUAAUAGACUUAAGGUUUUAUUUUAAUGAAGUUACAUUAACAAGGUUCCCCCAGGAAAUCCUGAUGAGUGCCAAAAUUUGAAAACCACUGUUUUGAAGGAUUCUUAAAAAAAAAAAAAAGGUGAUACUUAAAAAAAAAGUAUUUAUUUUUUAGUUGUAAGUGGACACAAUAGCUUUAUUUUAUUUUAAUGUGGGGCUGAGGAACCCAGUGCCUCACAUGGGCUAGGCAAGCACUCUACCACUGAGCCACAACCCUAGCCCCCUAGAGGUGAUACUUUUACAUGUGAUUUCUUCACAAAAUUCUGAGGUUGAAGCACUGUCAAACCAGUAUGAAUAGUUCUUCAAAUGGUUUCAAGUAUGUCUCUUGAAGAGCAGGGUAUAAAACAGUCUUCAGAAUUAUAGAUUUUCUUCUCAGAACUGUUUGGAGCAGGAAGUACUAUUAUAAGUGUUUAAUAGGAACCUUCCACUUGCCUGUAAUAGCUUCUUGACCAAACCAAAAUAUAUAAAACCAAUUAUUAAGUUAUUUUGUACUUUCCUGGGUAGUUUUUAACUGAAAUAUUUUAUAUGAUUUUGUAUUUAAAAUAAAAUAUAAUGCUAAAAUUAUCUGUUCUUUAAGAGAUAAAAUACAUGACUAAAAUAAAGUGUCUGUUUUUGUUAAUAAACCAGGUAACAACAUUUUAAUGUCUCUCAGUCAUGGACUAGCACCACUGAACCUUUGGAUGUAAGAGUUCUUCAUGGGGGGGGGGGGAACUGUCCUCCCACUGCAGGAUUCAUUUAGCCUCCCUGGCAUUUACGCAUUAAUGCCAGUCAUCAUGACUACCUCCUCCCUCAAGUAAAAGUGCUCCAAACUUUUGAAAGCAGAGAAUGAUAGUAACCCAUAAGGGCAUCUGUGGAAUGCUCUACCUUAAAACAGACCCCAGAGUAUUAGAAGAAGUCCAAGAGUAUUGCAACAGGCUCCUUCAGAACCGCUGCAGACACCUCUUCCUAGUCACAUACACAGUUCUUGAUGUAACCCAGGGUCAGUACCUGACUUACCUAACUGGCAAGUCUCCCAGGCAAUCUUGGAAUGCUCUGCUGCUACACAAGAAGUUAAAAUUUUGUAAAGUGUAGUUAGUAUGUGUUCAAGAAGGAAAUGAAUGACUCUACUAAAUGUUAGAAUAUUUUUUGUUUGUUUAAACACCAAGAACAGAAAAUCUAAAACAUAAUUAUGAAAUUAAUUAGUUAACCUUUCAGGGUCUGUAAUUUUCCCUUAUAUUUAAAAUAAGGUUGUAUUAUAGCAGUUUUAGAAUUUGUCUAAGAGGUUUUCAGUUUUUACUAGACCCACCCUUAAAAACAAAUUAAAAUUAGGGUAGUUAUUUGGGGGUUGGUUCACUGAUUUGUUCUAUACUUGAACAGUGACUAGGAUAAUAAUAAGCAUUUAAUAAAUGUUUGAUGAAAGAAACUCCACUUUCAGAUUAUCUUUAGCAUUUUACUGAUUACUGUUUAAUUCUGCUUACUUAACUCUAAAUUUAUUUCAAUCUAACAUUUAUGAAAACACUGCCCAUAUGUAUAAAUGGAUUUAAUAAGGAAGGAUGGAUAAUUUUUAUACAUUGAAAGCUAUCAUUUUUAUCUAUGUGUUUUUAGCUAUUUUAGAAUCAUUUCAGUUAUUUAGAAUUAAAUCAUCAACAUCAAGGUGCCAAUUUAAUAAAAAAUUGUCUUUCUAUGUGUGUUUUAUUUGACCUAGGGAUUUCCGUAUUUCACUCCAUAAUGGUUGCCACUGCAUUAACACAUAUUCAUGAGUAUUCUUCUGUGCAUUCUAAACUUGUACCAGACAGUUUAGUAAUAAAUGAAUAAGUAAUACAGGCACAAUUUUUUAAAACUUCACAUAAUGGUCACACUCCACCUUUUUGCAAAAAAAAAAAAAAAAAAAUCUGCCACAAUUAUUUGGUGAAAUAAAGUUUUCACUUUGUUUUAGCUCUAGUGUAAGAUUUCUAGGGAGAGGGUUUCCUCAGGCAGAGCUAGUGACGCUGGUGACUACAAAUUUAUGUGUAGCAUAUGGAAGAAUAUAAUCUUAUUUUUAAUAAUUUUAUUUUUGCUUUUUUGAAGUUUAUCUCAUUUUUAGUAAAAUUGUACUUAGCAUGAAUGGGUAAGCAAUCUUUUAAAAAUUUUAUUCACUAUUUGAUGUGCUUCCACCUAGAAUUGAUGAAAUGCCUCAAAAUAAUAAAAUCUGUUAAAUUUGAUUUUUCUCAUAAAAAUCAGACGACAAUCAUUUUUAUUGUAAGCCAUAGAAUUUCUGUGGUGCUAAAAGAAGUUCUAAUAAAAAAUAGUUACAGUUGCUGAAAGCGUAGCAUGUGGAAUUUUCAACAGCUUCCCUUCUUCCCCUUCCCUGUCUCUCAUCACUGGAAAUAAAAUUUAUUGGAUCCUGAGGAACUGGAGAA